AUGGUCUCGGAGGACACGGGCAAACACGCGGGCUCUCCCCUCCCUCGGCAGGUGAGCGGACGCCAGGUGCUGGAUGCCUCAGACUUUGCCAUGCUCCUGGAAAACUGUAGCUCUGCGUACGGAGACUAUGGAGAAAACGAGAGCGACUCCUGCUGCACCUCCCCACCCUGCCCGCAGGACUUGAGCCUGAACUUCGACCGUGCCUUCCUGCCGGUCCUCUACAGCCUCCUCUUUCUGCUGGGGCUGCUAGGCAACGGCGCCGUGGCCGCCGUGCUGCUGAGCCAGCGCGCGGCCCUGAGCAGCACCGACACCUUCCUGCUCCACCUGGCCGUGGCUGACGCCCUGCUGGUGGUGACUCUCCCGCUCUGGGCAGUGGACGCUGCCAUCCAGUGGGUCUUUGGCUCGGGCCUCUGCAAAGUGGCCGGCGCCCUCUUCAACAUCAACUUCUACGCCGGGGCCCUCCUGCUGGCCUGCAUCAGCUUUGACCGUUACCUGAGCAUAGUGCACGCCACACAGCUCUACCGCCGGGGCCCCCGGGCCCGUGUGGCCCUCACCUGUGUGGUCGUGUGGGGGCUCUGUCUGCUCUUUGCCCUCCCGGACUUCAUCUUCCUGUCGGCUCACCACGACGAGCGGCUCAAAGCCACCCACUGCCAGUAUAGCUUCCCGCAGGUGGGCCGCACGGCUCUGCGCCUCCUGCAGCUGGUGGCUGGCUUCCUGCUGCCCCUGCUGGUCAUGGCCUACUGCUAUGCCCGCAUCCUGGCUGUGCUGCUGCUCUCCAGGGGCCAGAGGCGCCUGCGGGCCAUGAGGCUGGUGGUGGUGGUAGUGGUGGCCUUUGCCCUCUGCUGGACGCCCUACUACCUGGUGGUGCUGGUGGACACCCUCAUGGACCUGGGGGCCUUGGCCCGCCACUGCGGCCGAGAAAGCCAUGUGGAUGUGGCCAAGUCGGUCACCUCAGGCCUGGGCUAUAUGCACUGCUGCCUCAACCCACUGCUCUAUGCCUUUGUGGGCAUCAAGUUCCGAGAGCGGAUGUGGAUGCUGUUGGUGCGCCUGGGCUGCCCCGGCCAGAGAGCGCUCCAAAGGCAGCAGCCAUCCUCUUUCCGCCGAGACUCGUCCUGGUCCGAGACCACAGAGGCCUCCUUCUCGGGCCUGUGA